AUGGAGUUGGCGACGAUGUUGAUGCUGACGCUGCUGGCCUUCUCGCUGGCGACGCUGGCUCGGCUGCUGGUGUCCCGUGCGCGGCGGCGGCGGUGCUACCUGUUGGACUACGUGUGCUACAAGGGGGCGGACGACCGGAAACUGCCGACGGACCUUUGCGGGGAGAUCAUCCAGCGGAACAAGCUGCUGGGGCUGGAGGAGUACAAGUUCCUGCUCAAGGUCAUCGUGAACUCGGGCAUCGGCGAGGAGACGUACGGCCCGCGCAACAUCAUCGCCGGCGGCGACGCGAGCCCGGACCGCGUCGCCGAGGGCAUGGAGGAGAUGGACGAGACCUUCCACGCCGUGCUGGACGAGCUCUUCGCGCGGUCGGCGGCGCCGGGCGGGCUCGGGAUCCGGCCCGAGGACGUGGACCUGCUGGUGGUGAACGUGUCCAUGUUCUCCCCGGCGCCGUCGCUGUCGGCCCGGGUGGUGCGCCGCUACGGCCUCCGGGAGGACGUCAAGGUGUUCAACCUCACCGGCAUGGGGUGCAGCGCCACCCUCAUCGCCCUCGACCUCGCCAACAACUUCUUCAGGACGCACGCCAACAAGGUGGCGCUGGUGAUGACGUCGGAGUCGAUCGCUCCCAACUGGUACCCGGGCAACAAGCGCUCCUUCAUGCUCGGCAACUGCCUCUUCCGCUCCGGCGGCUGCGCCUACUUCCUCACCAACUCCUCCCGCCUCCGCCCGCACGCCAAGCUCCGCCUCCGCCACGUCGUGCGCACGCACACGGGGGCCUCCGACGAGGCCUACAACUGCGCGCUCCAGAUGGAGGACGACGCCGGCAGGCCCGGCUUCCACCUCGGCAAGGAGCUCCCCCGUUCCGCCGUGCACGCCUUCGUCAAGAACCUCCGCGUCCUCGCGCCGCGCGUGCUCCCGCUGCCCGAGCUCCUCCGCCUCGCCUACGCCACCCUCUCCGCGCGCCUCUCCGCGCGCGGCAGCGGCAACAACAAGAAGCGCUCGUCCGGGGCACACACCAUCCGCAUGAAGGCCGGGGUGGACCACUUCUGCGUGCACACCGGCGGCGCCGCCGUGAUCGACGGCGUCGGCAAGGGGCUCACCCUCACGGAGCACGACAUCGAGCCGUCCCGCAUGACGCUGCACCGCUUCGGCAACACCUCCGCCAGCAGCGUCUGGUACGUGCUCGCCUACAUGGAGGCCAAGCGCCGCCUCCGCAGGGGCGACCGCGUCCUCAUGCUCACCUUCGGCGCCGGCUUCAAGUGCAACAGCUGCGUCUGGACCGUCGAGAGGGACGACGCCGCCGACGCCGGCGUCUGGGAGGACUGCAUCCACGAGUACCCGCCCAAGGAGAUCAGGAACCCAUUCAUGGAGAAGUACGGAUUCGUUAAGGACAUGAGCGCACUGUGAUCCUCCAUGAAUAUCCAUCAUAUCCAAGAAAUGGACGUACUACAUCAGUACAUGAGCAACAGGUUAUUACUACGUAUACACCCAGUUUGAUUUUAAAACUGAAUAGUACAACAAGGAGAGAAGACGAAGAACAAGCUAGAGUUAAGCUAAGGAUUAAUUCAUUACCAGGUGUACAUCUACUAUAGCUUAAUUAUUAUGAUUCUUUUGAUGGCGGUUGUGAUGGAGCAGUAUGUUGUACACUUCAGUGGACCGGGAAGAUACAGCUUUAUUAUUAUUUUGUUGUUUUGCACGUCUAUUUUUUUUAU